GAAUUCGCCAUGGAUGGGCUAGUGAACAUUGUUGGAGGGUGCUGUGGGACAACUCCAGCUCACAUCCGGGCAAUAGCAGAAGCAGUCCAAAAAUGUAGACCUAGAAUUCCUCCUCCAUCUGUUUUUGGAGACUUCCUGUUACUGUCAGGUCUUGAACCUUUUAAAGUUGGACCUUAUACCAACUUUGUCAAUAUUGGAGAACGUUGCAAUGUAGCAGGAUCUAGAAAUUUUGCUAAACUUAUAAUGGCAGGUAAUUAUGAGGAAGCCUUGAAUGUAGCAAAAUCACAAGUAAAAAUGGGAGCCCAAAUCCUGGACAUCAACAUGGAUGAUGGAAUGUUAGAUGGCAAGAGUGCUAUGAUCAGAUUCUGCAACCUUGUAGCAACAGAACCAGAUAUUGCCAAGGUUCCAUUGUGCAUUGAUUCUUCCAAUUUCGCUGUGAUUGAAGCGGGGUUGAAGUGCUGCCAGGGCAAAUGUGUUGUAAAUAGCAUCAGUUUGAAGGACGGUGAGGAAAACUUUCUGGAAAAAGCACACAUCAUUAAACGCUUUGGGGCUGCUGUUGUAAUAAUGGCAUUUGAUGAGAAAGGUCAGGCAACUGAGAUUAAAGAUAAAGUGGAAAUAUGUACGAGAGCCUAUGCCCUGCUUGUGAACAGGGUGAAAUUUAAUCCAAAUGAUAUAAUAUUUGAUCCAAAUAUACUGACAAUUGGAACUGGAAUGGAGGAGCAUAGUCUGUAUGCUGAAAACUUUAUCAAGGCUACUUCAAUUAUAAAGAGGAAGUUAUCUGGUGCUAGAAUAAGUGGAGGCCUUUCUAAUUUGUCCUUUUCAUUUCGAGGAAUGGAGAUGAUUCGUGAAGCCAUGCAUAGUGUGUUCCUUUACCAUGCUAUAAAGGCCGGGAUGGAUAUGGGAAUUGUGAAUGCAGGAAAGUUGCCUGUCUAUGAUGACAUAGACAAAGAACUUCUGGAGCUGUGUGAGAAUUUGAUCUGGAACAAAAAUCCUGCAGCUACAGAGAAAUUAUUGCAAUAUGCACAGAAUCAUACCACUGGUGGGAAGAAAAUUAUGCAUACUGAUGAAUGGAGGAAUGGUUCUGUUGAGGAACGGCUUGUACAUGCUCUAAUUAAGGGUGUAGAAAAAUACAUAGUGGAAGAUACAGCAGAAGCAAGAGCCAAUCAAGAAAAGUACCCUCGGCCUUUACAUAUAAUUGAAGGCCCCCUGAUGAAUGGAAUGAAAGUUGUGGGGGAGUUAUUUGGAACAGGAAAAAUGUUUCUUCCACAGGUUGUUAAAUCUGCUCGAGUAAUGAAGAAAGCUGUGAAUUACCUUAUCCCCUUCAUGGAGAAGGAGAGAGAGGAAAGAUUGGCGCAGUCAGGCCAUUCAGAAGAAAUGAGCCCAUAUCAAGGCACUGUUGUUUUAGCUACUGUGAAGGGAGAUGUUCAUGACAUUGGCAAGAACAUUGUUGGUGUGGUAUUGACUUGCAACAACUUCAGAGUGGUUGAUCUGGGAGUGAUGACUCCAUGUGAUAAGAUACUGCGAGCAGCUAUCGAGAAUAAAGCAGAUAUUGUUGGACUAUCAGGUCUCAUAACACCAUCUUUGGAUGAGAUGAUAUAUGUUGCCAAGGAAAUGGAACGGUUGGGUAUGAAAAUACCUUUACUGAUUGGUGGAGCAACAACCUCAAAAACACACACAGCUGUCAAAAUUGCACCAAAGUAUAAUGCACCUGCUAUUCAUGUCCUAGAUGCUUCUAAGAGUGUUGUUGUGUGCUCUCAACUUUUAGAUGAUUACCGUAAGGAUGACUACUUUGAGGAAGUAACUGAAGAAUAUGAAGAGAUUCGACAGGAUUAUUAUGAUACUUUAAUGGAAAGAAAUUAUUUAACAUUAGAGCAAGCCAGAAAUAGAGGGUUCCACAUAGACUGGCUUUCUCAUCCUAAGCCAGUGAAACCAACUUUUAUUGGCACCCAAUCCUUUGCAGAUUAUGAUUUACGGAGAUUGAUGAGCUACAUUGAUUGGAAACCUUUCUUUGAUGUUUGGCAGCUGAAAGGAAAGUACCCGAAUCGUGGGUAUCCCAAAAUCUUUAGAGACAAGACUGUUGGCGAAGAAGCCAAGAAAGUGUUUCAAGAUGCACAGGAUAUGCUGAAUGCCCUAAUUGAAGCAAAGAGAUUGACUGCCAAGGGAAUUAUAGGAUUCUGGCCAGCUCAAAGUGUUGGGGAUGAUAUACAUUUGUUUGCAGAGGAUACUUACCCCCGCACUGGUGAACCAAUAGCUAAGUUUCACGGUUUAAGGCAACAGGUGGACAAGGGCAGCAUUAGCACAGAACAGUACUGCUGCAUCUCGGACUUCAUAGCACCCAGGGAUUCUGGCGUGCCAGAUUAUAUUGGCUUGUUUGCAGUGGCAUGCUUUGGUGCCGAACUCCUGAGCAAGCAAUACCUGGAGAAGAAUGAUGACUACAGCAGCAUAAUGGUUAAAGCCUUGGCAGACAGACUAGUUGAGGCAUUUGCAGAAGAGAUGCACUCAAGAGUCCGCAAGGAAUUUUGGGGAUACUCCCCUGAUGAGAGCCUGGAUAUUGCUGAUAUGCAUAGAAUCAAAUAUGCGGGAAUUCGUCCAGCUCCAGGAUACCCAAGCCAACCCGAUCACACUGAGAAAAUAACGAUGUGGAAUCUGGCCAGUAUUGAGGAAAUUACAGGAAUUGCAUUGACAGAAUCCUUGGCUAUGACUCCAGCAGCUGCAGUCUCAGGCUUUUACUUUUCCAGUCCACAAUCUGUGUAUUUUGCUGUUGGAAAAAUUACAAAGGAACAGGUCCAGGAUUAUGCAGCCAGAAAACAGAUGAAAGUAGAAGACAUUGAGAAAUGGCUGGGACCCAUUUUAGGAUAUGAUACUGACUGAUAGUUAAUACACAUCAUAUUGAGGUGCCUUUAAGUUGGUCUUACGCACAGAAUGUUUAGUCCUGCUGCAUUUUUCUCAUGUUACAAGAAGUAUUUUUCCUUAAAUGUUGUUUAAAUGUCAUCCUAAACUAGCAGUUUGGAACUCAUAAAUUAUCAGCCAUCUCAAAUUCUAUUUCUACUAAAAUGUAUUGAGUUUGUAAGAAUAUUCUCUCACUCUGUCUCUCUCAGCUUCACCUCCUUCAGGUCAUGUUAUUCCCAGAGCCAGUACUUCCAGUUCCUGGCACAAUGUAUACCCAGCUCCCAGGCUACUUUCUCUUAACAAUAUUCAGUAUUAAAGUAACUUGCAAACAAAUAUUUCAAUGAUCACCCAGUUUCUAAUGUUCUCAAUUGGUAGCAGUUGCUAAUUUCAAGCAAUUAGUUCUUUUAAAAAACACCCAGUAAAGGUUAACAAACAGGUUUCAUGGAAAAAAAAAAGUCAGUCUAAAUGCCUAAGUUAAUACGAGAUGAGUGCAACAUUGUAAAACACAUGGUAUCAUCAAAUAGUGGCAUUAAGGAUCUGCUCUUAUUUGUCCUCCCUCACUUUUGAGUAUUAGAACAUUGUGGGGUGGAAGGGAAUGGCAGAGCAGACAAAUUGUUGCUAAUUUAUUGCAUGGCUUGAGGUAAUUAGCUUAAUAUCUUACUGCUUUAUUCUACUUUUUCACAAUCAAGAAAAAUUUAAAAAGUAAAUGCACAUGCACAGCAGCCCAUUACUAAAAUUCUCAUUUUGAACUACAUGUAGAAUGCAAAACCAGUGUUUUGGAUGUAUGUGAAUUAUUUAACCAUGUUUCUAAGUGGCUGAUAUUCCUCAAGUUUUCUUCAGUGAUCAACAAUGUACAUAAUUCUAUAUUACCUGUUCACUAGCUCUUCUGCAAUGUAUGUUCAGUAUCAUUUGCCAAGAAAUUACAUACUUCUGUCACAUUGAUCAUUUAAACAAUGCUCAUGUGUUAAGAAGGAGAAUGACAGGAUACAAGAAAAUGGGGGUGGAACUAGCCAUUUAUCCACUUGAACCUUAGGUCAGACCUGACUCCAUAUUCUUUAAUUACUUUGUCUAACAAAAGGCUAUCACCAUUACUUUUUAAAAAUAAUAAUUAAUCUAUCAGUUGCUGUUGACAGAAGGGUGUUCCAAACUAUCACCCUUCAAAUGUGAAGUGCUUCCUGACGUUACUUGAGGGAUCUGGCUCUUAAUUUUCCAAUUGGUCUCCUCAACACAGGGAAGCACCCUCACAGCAUCCAUCCUGCCAACGUGCCCUCAGGAUCUUUAUAUUUUUGCAGUUGGGAUUUUAUUUUCCACAACUUGCUUCCCAGGUCCUGUAAAACAGAGGCUAAUUAUUCCUCUGCCACUACUGCACUGGCUAUAAUCUUCUGGUUAAACAUAGACAAAAGUAUGAAAACCUUAACCUUCCUGUUCUACUUGGUAAACAAUUACACUCUGCAUUCAUUCACUCAAAAAUGGGAUUAAAGAUAAAAAUUCUAUGCAAAAACAUUAGGGCCAUUGUAUGUAUUGCAGUUUCAGUAUCACCAUUAAAAUGUGAAUGGCAUCUAGUAGUGAGCUAGGCUUACAUUAAGCACUGGUUAAUAGUAUUUUAAUUUAUAAAUAUUACCUCUGUCACUUAUUGUCAUGCUAAAUACAUGCUUAGAUGUUUGGAUCAAGUUCUGGUUAGAGCACUGAAAUGUUUCACUAAGUCCCAGGUAUCAGUUUCUCAUGAAGGUCAAGAGAAUUCUUGAUUCAACUCAGAACACCAUCCAGGCUAACCAUGGAGUCAUUAAAGCAGAUGUCAAUGAAGCUGCCAAUAAACUGAGCUAAAUCUGGCCAUUCAAUAAUUUUUAAUAAUGUUAAGAUGCUGCACAACAUGCCUUCAAUCUCAAACUAAUGUUUUUAAAUAUAUUUUGAAGAGCUCCUUUAAGAUUGCAUUUACUGCAAUUUUGU